CAAAAUUCCAUACGGGCUUUUUAAUUUCCAAUCAAGUUGCCUACAGCCUUGUGAAACGGAAUUGGAAACCGCUUGGUGCCUACGUCUCCGGUUGCUGUGGACCGCCCUAUAACCCGGUCUUGCACCGCAUUUUUCUUAGCUUACUAGUCACUACAGAUAGGCUGCAACUUGCACAAAUGUUUGCGACCAUGGUGGAUAUUCUAUUUCACCCUCAGAAACUUCUCUUAUCCGAAAAAUGGACGAAGACAUGGUAGUUUUGGCAGCUUCCGAAACAGCAGACAAUCAACGUGUUGUGAGAAGACAUCGCGCCCGCCACACCAAAUCCCGCAAUGGCUGCUAUCCUUGCAAAUAUCGAAGGGUUAAGAUCAAGAGCAGAUACGGAGAAAGACCAUGGGUAUCCGUUACCAGAUCCUUUUGGACCGUCUGAUGGAGGUCCACUACUCGGUUGCAUCCAGCCUUUAUCAAUAAAUGCGACAGCACCGGUUAUCAUCUCGAACCAAUCCCAACAACACCGACAUGGAGAUUUAGAGAUGACUGAUUUGAUGCUCCUUCAGUUUUAUCAUCUACACACUGCAAGCCAAAUGACGUUGCACCAGAGGAGAUCCAAUAUUUGGCAACGGAUUAUCCCCGAAUUAGGGAGCAAAAAUCGAUAUCUGAUGCAUCUGCUUCUAGCACUGGGGGGCAUGCAUAUGAUCAAACAGAAGGCCGAUGCCAGCGGGGCUGUUGUUGAAGACUCAGAUACGGUGGACCUGGCAAUCGUUAUGGAACAUCAUCAAAGAGGGUUGGAAGGCUUCAGAGAAGAAGUGUCCCGUAUCUCUCCCUCCAACGCUGAACCUGUUUUCACAGGGUCUUUGCUUCUUGUUGCAUUUGCCUUUGCAUUUCUUAGGGUACAAGACCUCAACCCGCUUACUAGGGCAGCCGAAGAGAUGAGCAACCCAAUGGCCAACCCUUCCUCAACAAAUGACAUCCUGCGCCUCAACUGGUUAUACCUCAUUCGAGGUGUAACUUCUGUGAUAGGUGAUCAAUGGCAUGUCCUAAAAAACGGCCGGCUCCGGCAAAUAUUGAGAUUACCGCCUAGCGAUGAGAGUUGGGAGAAUUCAUCGUGUGAUACACCAUCUCGGCUUUCUCGUUGCUCACCCCGCCUAUUGAAAUUUGCCGAAGGUGCCCAUCAAGCAGUCGCCUACAUUAGGGCUUCUUUGAAUGCGCUCCAACCCGCUCUGGAUGACUUAUCCAGCUGCUCGGGCACGCCAACAUCUCAACCUUCGCCGUCCACGACUCUGGACCCGGCUGUGGAUGCGCACUUCGAGACAAUACGCAUCCUAGACUCUGUUUACUCGCGUAUUUUAUCAGUAUUGCGGUUUGCAGCAACCGAGACCCCCACAGACAAGGAGAUCCAGUUGGAUUUUGAAGAGGCAUCGAUUUUGUCCUGGCCGGGUUUGCUCCCCAGUGACUUUUUGGCGUCGCUUGAGAGAAGCGACCGUAACUACCUUUAUGGACACUCACUCGUCAUCCUCGCUCAUCUCUAUCUAGUAAACACUCUAGUCGAUACUUGGUAUAUGAGGGGCACCUUUGAACCCGAGAUACUGAGAGUCAAUGCGCUUAUUGAUUCCCUGAACGAUAGCCAACUGUCAACAUUCAUGCUAUGGCCCAACGAGGUCAUACGCUUGCCACUGACUUGUAUAUAUUAA